AUGGGAAACAGACCAUCUGCACUUACAGGGGAGGAUGCAGAGGUGCGUAGGUUCAAUAUGUUCGUACCAAAUGACGUACGAGAGUGGUCUAUUCACUUCAAGACGACCUAUCCUGAUGGAUACAUGCGUGAGACCGAUAUUGAGAAAAUAUUUAUAGUUUGUUACUCUCAUAAAAUUAACAACAGCCUGCAUCUCAAGAGGUUCACUAAGCAGCUAUUCAACACACUUGAUAUCACAAACACGGGCAGACUGAACUUCAACGAGGUUAUGAUUGGAUUCAGCAUACUGACAAAGGGCUCAUUUCUAGAAAAGGUUGCAUGGCUAUUUAGGUUCUAUGAUACAGACAAAGACGGAUACGUUGGAAAGGACGAGUUCAUUGAUUCGUAUAGAGCAAUCAAGAACAUAGUAGAGCACAGUAGACCUAGUGAAAAUGAUUUUUGUGGAGAUAUAAGUGCAAAGAAUGAGGAAGCAAAGAGGCGAGAAGAGGAAACAGAAAAGGCAGUGACUGAAAUGACAAGUGAAUUAUUCGCUGACAACAAGCAUAGGAUUGAAUUCAAGGAGUUUGAAGAGAUAUGUAGACAAAAUAAUGAAAGAAUGAAACAGAUGUCGAUAUUCAGUCUCAUGUAG